AUGAAAACUGCUCAAGAAGCACAAGACCUCAUCGAUAUGGUGGCCAAUAAUCAAUAUUUCUAUUCUUCUGAAAGGCACCAUAACACAACUCCAAAGAGGGGAGUGAUGGAACUUGAAGGAGUAAAUGUAAUUCCAGCCCAAAACAAGCAGAUGCACCAACAAAUUCAGCACCAAAUGGAGAUGAUGGCCAAGAGAAUUGAUGGACUGCAACUUGCUGCACCACAAGAGAAGAAGAAAGAGGUGAAGCCAUAUGUUCCCAAACUUCCAUAUCCUCAAAAGUUCAAUGAAGAAAACAAGGAGAAGCAGUACUCUAAAUUCUUGGAGAUAUUCAAGACACUCCACAUCAAUAUUCCUUUCAUAGAAGCACUUGAACAGAUGCCAUUAUAUGCCAAGUUUAUGAAGGAAGUGUUAACAAAGAAAAGGCCUUUAAAAGAAGGACAAAUUGUUAAGAUGACAAUGGAGUGUAGUGCUGUGUUCCAAAGAGGUCUACCAGUGAAGAAAGAUGAUCCUGGGAGCUUUCAUAUCCCUUGCACCAUAGGGAACAAAACAAUUGAGAAGUCAUUCUGUGACCUUGGUGCAAGCAUAAACUUGAUGCCUCUAUCUCUCAUGAGAAAACUCCAAAUUCUUGAACUGAAAUCCACUCGGAUAGCUCUCCAAAUGGCUAACAAAUCCAUUAAGCAAGCACUUGGAGUUGUGGAGAAAGUUUUUCCAAGUGACACUAAGAAGAAUCCAAGAGGAGAAACAAAGAAUGUGAGAUGGGAAGAGUGCAAGGCAAUCACUCUAAGAAGUGAAGAGACUUUGGAGGAAGAAACUAGCAGGCCAUCGGAGCAUACCCAAGGAGUUCCAAAGGAAAAAUUGGAAGAGAUAGAACAAAGAAUUGACCAUUCAGAAAGGAAGGAGCCAAUGGAGAAGGAAAUCCUGAAACCUUAUAUGCCAAAAGCACCAUUCCCUCAGAGACUCAGGAGUGGUGAAAAAGAGAAGACGUAUUCUAGGUUCCUGGAUAAAUUUACGUCUCUUUAUGUUAUCAUUCCCUUUAUUGAAUCCCUCCAACAGAUGCCUUCAUAUAUUAAAUGCAUGAAGGAGUUGCUAACCAAGAAGAGUACCUUGAAGGAUGGACAAACAAUAGUGAUGACUAAAGAGAGCACUGCUCUCAUCAAGAAAGAUUUGCCUACAAAGAAGAAGGAUCCAGGGAGUUUUCACAUCCCUUGUGCUAUAAGGGAUACAAUGAUUGAAAGAGAGUUUUAUGAUCUGGGAGCAAGCAUAAAUCUAAUGCCUCUGUCUCUUAUGAGGAAGCUGCAAAUCAAUGAGUUAAAACCCAUAAAUGUAACCCUCUAA